UUCUGCCCACUCUCUCUUUCUCUCUCUCUCUCUCUCUCUCUCUCUCUCUUUGUGCUCUUAAUUCCAUUUCGAUUCGGCAAUAUAUGAAUCAAAGUCACAGAAAAGCAAAAAUAUUCUACUUUGGAGCAACAGAAAAGAAGAUACACAAAAGCUUUAGCUUUCUUUUUUGUUUUUUCAGUUUGGCCAAGGAAUUCUUUUAGUUCAUUCUUCUACUUGUUGUUUCUGAAAGAACCGGUUUCGUCCGAGAAUUGAAGUAUUUAUUCAGUUUAGCUACUCAAUGAGCAAUUAACUUGUGAGCUCUAUGAAUAUCGAGUAGUUAGUUACUGAGCAUGGACAAAGUAUCAUCAGACUGUCCGUAUCCAGGAUGCUUCUUCUGUGUUAUGAAGGAAGGGAAUCCGAGUAAGCGCAGAGCAAGUAUACUGAAAUUUUUUAGAGAACUUCCUUCACAGGAUGAUGAUGGUCAGGUUCUCCCGAUCAGUGGCCUUUGGAACACUGCCAUGGCACAUCCAAAUGAUCCGGAGUUCAUUGAGUUGGGAAUAUUUGAGUGCAUGGCUGCACUCAUAUGGAAAGGCCUAAAAAAUCGCCGCUGGCUUUCUCAUGACCAAAACAUAUAUAUUCCUUAUUAUGCAGCUCAUAUUAUUGGAUCCUACACCAUGAAUAUGGAAGAAUUUGCAGAAAGCGCUGUUCAUGCUGGAGUGAUCCCUCCGUUAGUUGAACUUCUGAGAGGGAGGUUAACUUGGGUUGAACAAAGAGUAGCAGUACGAGCUUUAGGACACUUGGCUACUUAUUCCAACACUUUUUCUGCUGUAGCAAGUCAUGGUGAGAUUCUUGAGCUUUCCAUUCAACUAGCGAUGAGUUCCCUAGAAAUAGUUUACUCCCAUUUUUACCAGUAUGUCGAUAGAAGGCUAAGCUAUCAUUGUGAUCUGCUUACACGUGGCAUGGGUGGUGUUGAAAUGGAGUCAAGGAAGGCAGAGGAAUGGGCUAGUCAGUUACAGUGCUGGUCCCUUCAGCUCAUUAAUUGCUUUGCUUUUAAACCUGAGUUUCUUCCUACAAUAUGCAAACCUGAAUUCUUAAUGAAGCUACCUGGGAUGUGGGGUGGACUUGUUAAUGAAAACUCACCUGCUGGUAUUGGUUUAUUAAGAACAAUAUGCCAUCAUAAGCUGGGUAGGGGACCUGUUGCUAGCUGUUCUGGAAUCAUUGAAGCAUUGUGCAAUAUUGCUCGAUCAUCAGAUGAUUGGCAAUAUAUGGCUAUCGAUUGUCUUCUUUGGUUGCUUCAAGACCCAAGUACAUGCCAUAAGGUGAUUGACAAGGCAGUACCAGCACUUGUGGACCUUGCAGAGAUAUCAGCUCUAGGUGAUCACAAGAAGCUUGGUGAUUCCAUUGUAAAUGUUCUUCAGGAAUGCAUUCAAUCACAAGGGAGUGGACGUAACUCUGUCAGCAACCGCACAAAAGAACAGAUUGAGGAACUACUUAACUCUAGGCAGAGAUUGAAGUGGGAAAAGAGUAUGCCAAAAGAGGAUCUCCACAUUAAACAGGCAGCAGCACUAGUGGUGAAGCUUGAAGGAAAUUCCCUGUUUUCAUCAGGAAAUAUAUCUGGAGCUGCAUCAAAGUACUCAGAAGCACUGGCAUUAUGUCCAAUGAGAUCCAAAAAAGAGAGAGUGGUUUUGUACAGUAAUCGUGCCCAGUGUCAUCUUCUGUUGCAACAACCCUUGGCUGCCAUAAGUGAUGCUACACGUGCUCUCUGUCUUCACAACCCUCUUAACCGUCAUGCCAAAAGCCUGUGGAGGAGAGCUCAGGCAUAUGACAUGCUGGGAUUAGCUAAGGAGAGCUUGUUAGAUGCAAUUCUGUUCAUAAAUGAGUGCUCUCAGUCAAAUGACCCUGAUCUUUCAUUGAGGCAGAAUAAGGUUCCUGACUAUGCUGAACGAUUAGUGAAGAAGCAGAUGCGUGCAGCUUGGUUAUUUAGGGAGGCAGCUAUCAAACUUGGGGGUGUCCACUGUGAUGGUGAUGCUGGUGACAUCUAUGGCCAUGAGACUGAUGAUUCUGAGUGGGAGACUGCUAGUGAAAGUGAUAUAGGAAAUGAUGGAAGGGAUGAGAUGGGUGAUGAUGAUGAUGACAGUGAAUGGAAGAAUGAGGAUGAGAGGAAAGAUAAAUAUGAUAAACCCUCACAUAAAGCAUGGAUACAACUUGCAGCUUGCAGAGGAUGAACCAUAAAGUGAGCCAUCAUUCCAUGGAAACACUUAUUGUCACAGAACAAGGCCAUGAAUUUAGCAGCUUUGGGUAAAGUGAUUCCAUGUUCAGCUGGGUGAAGAGAUUUCGGCUGCCACCUCGAUACAGUAGUGAUCGUGUCUUCUGUCCCAUAUCAAGCAGGUUGGAAAGGAAUCUGCUUUUGGUCAUUGUGUUUGACAGUUAAAACAUUGCUUUGUCUUUCUUCUUCAUUGUUAUAAUUUUUUUUUACCAAUUUUUCAUGUUAAAUUCAACUGUAGAAAAAUGAUAAGAUUUUUGAGAGUGAUUUAAGAGGAUUGUAUAUAUGAAACCUUGGGGGCUUAUUAUUGACUUUGAACUACAGCUUUCUGUGUUUGAAUGAUAAGUAUGAUUUUCAUU